CAAUGUUGAUGACGCUAGAAAGCCGACGUCCGGCGUCUCCUUUUUUCGCUUGGUCUGGAUGGCGAGGAAGCGGCGUUGAAGAUGAGGCAGAAGCACUAUCUGGAGGCUGCGGCGCGAGGCUUACUCGAGAGCUGCCCAGGCCAGGCCCGCUAUCUCCUCUGGGCCUACAGUUCGUCACACGAUGACAAGAGCACUUUUGAAGAAACAUGUCCAUACUGUUUCCAGCUAUUGGUUCUGGAUAACUCUCGAGUGCGCCUCAAACCCAAGGCCAAAUUGACACCCAAAAUAUGGAAACUUCUUAAUCGAGAAGCAAGAAGUAAUACACUCACUUUUAAAGAAGCAAAAAUAAUCAAAAAGUAUAAAGACUCCAAAAGUGUAUUGUUGAUUACUUGUAAAACAUGUAACAGAACGGUUAAACAUCAGGGUAAAAGCAGAAGCUUUCUGUCAGCAUUGAAGAGCAGUCAUAUUACUCCUACAAGCAAACUCAGCCCCAAGAGACCAAAGAGACAGACUCCAGGUUCUGCAAACUUCAGUCCUAAUAUGCCUGGCUCCAAAGGCAAGAGCCCAGCAUUGAUUGACAGAACACCUACAUCUGGACGAUCAACACCCAUUUGCUCCUCAAAGAGUGUGACAAAAAGAAAGAAACACUUCUCUCAACUAAAAAUGUUGCUUAGUCAGAAUGAAUCCCAAAAGAAUCCAAAGGUAGACUUCAGAAAUUUCUUAUUCUCUCUAUGAAGUCUCUUGAACUUUAAGAAAAAGAAAUUUUUCUGAUACAAUUUCUGAAACUAAGUUAACGAUUAAAAAAAAGAAACUUUUAUUUAUUCUUUGAAUACAUGAAAAUUAGGUCCAAGGGCAGACUUUCCUUGGCAUCCUUCAGUAUAUUAGGGAAAACAUCUCAUUAGAAUGAAUAACUAAAACAUCACAGGUGGUCAUUGAGAAUCAAAAAAAUAUAUGAAAGGUUCUUAUAAAUAGUAAGGAUAUAUGUGAACCUUGAGUGAUAGUAUUUUUUCCUCCUUUAGUCUUAACAGUUUUCAUUAUGUCAUUUUCUUUCAAAAUAAAUUUGAGAAAUUAAUGAGA